UCGCGGCCAUUUUCAUUCUUUUCUCUAUUCCUGCCGUCAUAUGGCGUACAGUGUGUUAGUUUGUCCGCCAUAUUAAUAAAUCAAUAAACAGCAAAAUGCCGUCUUUCUAAGUGUGUUAAAUUAAUCCAACCACAUCCAGUUUUUGUGUAGAUAAAAUAUCUACUCCAUCACAAUGGAGAAUUCCUACGGUGUGGGUAUUGUUAAUAGAUAUGCUCUUUUCUUGGACGAUGAGUCCGAUCCUCUGGAUGCGUUAAAAGCGCGAGAGCAAGCAAAAGAGCAAAAAAAGAAGACCAAAGAGGCCGAAAAAGAAAAUAAGGGCAAACCUGAGGCCAAACCUAAGAUCGGCAAUGUCGUUGUGAGGAAAGGUAUUAAGGAAACUCAAAAUGUGAAGUCUCAGGAAAUUAAGAGUGGUGAUCAACAAAAAAACAAGGGGCCGGCGCGGAGCAACGACCGCAAUGCGGAACGUCCGCCGCCCCGUCGCCGCGAAGAUCGUCCUCAGAACGGGGCUGUAGAAGGCAAGGAAGGAGCUAGGCCGCCUCGUCGUGAGUUUGGAGAUCGCAAACCUAAUUUUGAGCGACGCAACUACAAUGACAACUCUGAAGGAGGUGAGCGUCGCGGUCCGAGGCCUCCUCGUGAGCCCCGCGAAGGACAACGCGGUCCUAGGCCUGGUUUUGACAACAGGGGAAAACGUGAGUUCGAUAGGCGGUCGGGUUCCGAUAAAACGGGAGUUAAGCCGGUCGACAAGCGGGAAGGUGGGGGCCCACACAACUGGGGCACCAUCAAAGACGACUUGGAGGAGGAAUUGAACAAAACUGGGUCCGAUGGCGACGUUGGGGAAGAGAAGCCCGCGGAGGCACCGGCUGUUGGUGCUGGAGAUGGGCAGCAGCCCGAGCCGGAGCGCACGGUGCCUACCGAGGAAGAGCCUCGGGAGCUGACGCUAGAUGAGUACAAGGCGCUGCGAAACGCUCAACGUACCGCGCCUCAAUACAACUUACGCAAGGCUGGCGAGGGCGAGGAUCUGAGUCAGUGGAAGAACUUGGUGAUGCUGGAGAAAAAGAAGGAAGGAGGCGAGGACGAUGAUAGCGAUGAGGAGUACGACAUUUCUGACUAUCCGCAGCGUGUGGGUCGUCAGAAGCGACUGCUGGGCAUCGAAUUCACGUUCAGCGACGGCACGCGGCGUGGCGCCCCAGGUGGUCGCGGUCGCGGUCGGGGCGGACGCGGUAGAGGCGGGCGCGGGCCGCCACGUGAUGAGGUCCCGGUGGAGGAGCCCCGACCCAUUGCCCGCUCGCAGGUGGCACCUCCGAAGGUCGAUGACAGCAAGGAUUUCCCCUCUCUCAGCUAGACUACUAACAGUGAGCCUUUACUCCCCUUACUCAGAAUACAUAGAGAUACAAAUUACUGUACUGUUAUUUUUUUGAAGUAAAUAUACAAAAUAUUUACAAUGUGUAUUAUAUUACAUUGAAUUUUAGCCUUAGUGUUGACAAUGAACCUUUGCUAAGAUUCAAGAGAUAAAUUUUAGUGAUGGGAAUUGACUAAGCACACUCAGGUAGUGAUGAGGGGGAGGUUGUUUCAUAAAGUAUAACAGUAGCUUUUAUUGUAAUCGCAUCAGCUUAUGGUUUAACUUUUUAAUAAGUUGUAUGAAUAAGAUUUUAAACUCUUGACUGAGACAUGCUAUAUUGAAUUAACUCCGUCACAACUUAGAUUAGAGUAUUUGUGAAAAUAACCCUUGUUGCAUUUUGUCGUGAGUUUCUGUUGGCAAAAUAAUGCAAACUUAAUCUGUAAAUAGUCUUAAAAUUUUUAAAAGAUAAGGUCUUUAAAUAACAAGGUUGAUUUUUGUUGUUACACAAACUUCUUUGAAAAAUAAACAUUUUGUAAGUGUGAAA